GGUAUGGUAUAAGGGAAUCCCAAAAGGUACAUUUUAAAUUUGUAAAGGCCCCAACGGAGUCAGACUGAUAUCAGUAGGAAGGUUAUGUAUGAGUUUGACAAAUAGCUUUUGUUUCACACUUUGAACAAGGAUUUUCAUCUUUAAUGUUUAAACCUCAACUCUUGGUUAUGAAAAGCUUUUAACUGGCGAGGCAGUAGUUAGGGAAGCCCUGUAUCUAACUGUGUUACAGUGACUGACACUUAUUUUAUUAAAUAUCGCCUACUAUUAAUUUUUUUUGGCCUCUGUGUCAUUUAGCUUCAGUUUGACAGAAUACUUGAACUUAUGUUUGCAUUGUGCAACACAGCCCUGUGCAAACAGAAUUACAUUAGGAUUCAAGUAAAUGAUUUAUUUAAUAGCAGCCAGCAUUACAUUUACAUUACAUUUAUUCAUUUAGCUGAUGCUUUUAUCCAAAGCAAAUUACAACUGCUAUCGAUUGCUGUUCUGAAAAAGUUACAGCUUAUAGGACGAAGACAGGAAACACCUACAAGCGAAAGAGGUGGCAUAAGCUAGAUAACAGUUCUGGUCUAUCUCUGAGUGACAUUUGUCAAGCUUUUAUCGUCAGUCAAUUCUGGAUUCAUUGUAGUGCAUGUAUUGACUCCUUGAAAGUAAACAAUCAUUAAUUAAGACUCCAGUGACUCUGUCGUUCUUUGGAAAAGAUUUUCUUAACUACUUGGUCCUUCGAGCCAGAUCCCAAUAUCCUUCCUCCAGCCAGGUUUGGGACCUGAAACCGUGCACAGGGGGAGUCAGAGAUUCCUCGGACCUCCUGCUGAAUUGCUGUGACAACAGAGGCCAGGACCCGCUGGAAAGAAGAGGGUGACAGGAUCCUACAGAGGAGACAGACUUACUGGACUCCCAGAGACCGGAUUGUAGGUGAGAUGUCCUCCCAAGUCAGACUGAGGCUGCUGCCGAGCGCCAGGUGUUUGUUUGACGAGCCUGUUCAGGUGAAGGUGGCCGGGCUGAGGUCGAGACAGGUGGUCUCCAUGAAAGCCAGAUCAACUGACGAGAAAGGAGUGGUGUUCAGCUCCUCAGCCACCUACAGGGCUGAUGGGAGCGGGGAGAUCGACCUGAAGAGAGACCCCUCGCUCAGUGGCAGCUACGUCGGGGUUGAACCCAUGGGUCUGCUGUGGUCGAUGAGGCCUGACACCUUGCACAGAAAGUUUCAAAAAACAAAUGCACUAAACCCCCACGUGGUGAAGUUCUCUGUGCACGAGGAGGAAGGGGAGGAAAGGAUGCUGGCAGAGGCGAACAACGAGAGGCUUCUGAUUGGAGACGGGGUCAGCCGGCUCCCUGUCAAAGAGGGGAAUAUCCGCGGAGUCCUGUUUACUCCCCCAGGAGAAGGUCAGUUUCCCGCUGUGUUGGAUCUGAGCAGCUUUAAGUCUGAGAAAAGAGCCUCUCUGCUGGCAAACAAAGGGUUUAUGGUUCUGAAUGUAGCAGUGUUCUCUGAUAAGCCUGACAACAUGAAAGAGCUCCAUCUGGACCACUUUAAAGAAGCAGUGGAUUUCUUACUACAACAUUCUAAGGUGGGCAGUAAAGGAGUUGGUGUAAUAUCACGAUCUAAGGGGGCAGACAUUGCGCUUUCACUUGCUGCUUAUGUGCCAGGUGUUGAGGCCACAGUGUGGAUCAAUGGCUGCAGCGCCAAUACGGUCAUUCCUCUUUACUACAGAAAACGCCAAAUCCUCUCACCAGUAGUGUUUGACUUCAGCAAGUUGAUUCCUGUUGAGUCAGGGGCCUUUAUUAUCAAGUAUGGUGUUACAAAUCCCCUGGCAGAGGAAAACAAGGGAAGCCUGAUCCCAAUUGAGCAAGCCAAGGGACGUUUCCUGUUUGUGGCUUCAGAGGACGACCUCAACUGGGACAGUAAAGGUUACAUGGAGGAGAUGGUGGAGAGACUGAAGCGUCAUGGGAAGGACAACUUCGAGAGUGUGUGUUACCCGAGAGCUGGACACCUAUUGGAGCCGCCUUAUGGGCCCUACUGCCCCUCUAGUGUUCAUGGGUUUGUACUCAAGCCAGUCAUGUGGGGGGGUGAGCCCAGCUCCCACGCAGCAGCUGAAAUCCAUCUGUGGAAGAAGAUCCAGGAGUUCUUCAGAACCCACCUGAGCUGUGAUGCCACGCAGACUAAAGCCAAGUUAUAGAUGCAAAUAGAUUAACAUAAAAGUAAGAAAAUCAUGAAAUCAAGGCUGGCAGUUAACCUGAUAUAAUAGUUUACCAAGCUGAAUGUUUUGUAAUUAAGUGAACAAUUUAAUAAUUUGAUUGUUCAUGGAAUAUAUCAAGUUGAAAUGUUAUGACCGAUUACAACCUGUUUCAGGCUUACUAGACUGAAGAACAUUAUAAACGCAACUCUUGUUUUUGCCCCCAUUCAUCAUGAGCUGAACUCAAAGAUCUAAGACUUUCUCUGUGUACACAAAAGGCCUAUUUCUCUCAAAUAUUGUUCACAAAUCAAUAAGUUCUGUAUAUUUGUUAUAGUUAUUGCUUUUUUCCUAGUGAAUGAGUGCUCUAAUUUGAUUAUGAUCUGUUAGAGUACCUUCUAUCUACUGAUUGUUUUCAUUUGCCUUUUAGCAUCUGUCAGUCAACUGUUGAAGUGAGAAACUUUAAAGGACAAUAAACUGUUGAAUGGCUCUCA